GCUCUCCUGCGCGCUCUCGUACCAUGUCGCCAUUUUGAUUCGAAAAAUAUGACUGAGUUUUUCCUGCUUUGCUUGCUAAACUUAGCCCCGCGUUUGAAUUAUUUUGUCCGUGAGUACGAAUCACACACUCUCGUUUGAAAUAACAGGUAAUCCCGUCGCUUUCGAGUACCUACCGCCGCCGGAGGAGUGUUCAUUUGAUUGACUUUAAAGCCAGAUUUUGACUAACGUUAGCUAAGUUGAGCUAGCUAACUGUAGCCUGACCCCUUCUUCAAAACAAAUCACUAAAGCUGAUGUGGGUUAGCUGGUUAGCUUAGAGAGCUGGAGACUUAGCAGCAGUGUGAAAAACUCCCAACAAUCUGAUUCAGACGGAAGGAAAAGCAGCGGAUUUGAGUCAAAGGUGAGUUUUUGCGGAGACGGAUGGUUGUGAGUUUGGACACAUGGCUAACGUUAACUCUGCUGCUGCUGCUGCUACUGCAGGGACAAAAGUUGAACUAAGUUGUUUAAGUUUGCUAACUGAGGACACGAUAAUUAGCUGUGUGCUAAUCAGAGCAAAGGAGGAACUAAUGGGAACGCCAGCUAAAGCGAUGCUAACUUUACAACUUAAGUGUUUAAAUCAAAUGUUAAAGCGUUGAAGUUUAGUUUGAGGUUCCUGUUUAGUUGUAUUGGACUUAAAUCUGAUGAACGCUAACUACUGAUUUUAACUCCUGUUUUAUUAGCUGCCAUCGAGAUCAGCCGAGUUUAAUUUGUAUCCAGAGUAUGUUACUCUUUAAAAGAUCACAUCUAUAUUUAAGAUUUCUUCAUAUCACUGUUUCAAUAGAUAAGGUAAUGUACUCGGUGAAGUCUGAGGCCAACAGCGAAGAAACCUCCAUAAUGACUAAAAUCAGCGUUGAACUCUGUCCAGGUCGACUCGAUCAAACCGCUUUAUUUAAGGAAAAACAAGGAUAAAUAAUCAAGAAGACUGCAGUCCGAAUCUGUCUGCUUCAUUUAUCUUGUAUAAUUUGGUGCUGGUGUCUCCACUGGAGUUGAAGUAAACAGAAAUCUGAGCUCCAGCCGCAGGUCAGUUGAUGUUCACUUCAUGCCAAGGCUACAGCGGCUCAGUUUACAUUUCUUAAGCUACACACCAGUCUGCCUCUUUAUUGUUUUACCAUCUUAGCAAAUAGACACCUUUUUAUUUCCAUGUUUUGUUCAUUUAUUCACUUACAUAACCGCCGAGUGUGGGUACUGAACAGCAGCCAUCAGCAAAUAAUUUGGCACUCAGUAAAAGCAGAAGCUGAUCUAACAUCAACCAGCUCCAACAUUUUGACCACAUGUAAUCGAAUGCGAUUCAAUUCAACAACUAUACCUUAAAUUCUUCUUCCAGGAAGUUUAUAACUUUGAGUCUAUUUUUGGUUAUGAUCAGACAGGUGACUGUCAUACUUAAUAUUUAUUAUUAAAGGCACAGUGGGAGGUGGUGGAGUACUGCUGGGAGCAAUAUAUUAGGAACACCUCUCAUUAUAAUACACUCUAAACCCCCACAACAACUCCCGACGAUUCAUUUAAAGGAUGAUUAUCACCUGGUAAGUUUGUUUUGUUUCAGGUCAAUGAAAGCAGAGUUUGGAUUUGUGGAUGUGAAAUUAACCCCAGAUUAUAAAAGGCUGGAUUAUAUAUUUGAUAUUAACAUUCACCCCUUUGAAUAACAGACACUGUAAUUACAUUAAAUGCAUUAAUUUGUACAUUAAUAAAAUUAAUACUCAUAUUGUAAUUUAUAACAAAACUUUCAUAUCUGUUUAUAAUAAGCUUGAAUGUUUAAAAUGCACCAGUAAGCCUUAUAAAAAGAGCUGAAUAAAGCCUUAUGUGGCUGUUUAUUAUUUAUGUUAUCGUUUUUUUUUAAGUCACUGACUCUCUGAGAUAUGUGCAGUCAUGUCAACAGUAACACAACAGGAUUUAUGUUUCUAAAAGUUAAGGUUUUGGAGGGCAGUGAAAUGUAAAACAGACUGAGGCUUGUGAAGAUUUAAGGGGUUAAAUAAGGGUUGAUUGAAGUCAUUGGCCCAGAUUAAUAACUAUAAGUUUGUUGAUUAUAAUAACAAAUAAUAAUAACAAAUAUAAUAACAAAUGUUAAUUAUAAGUUCUUUCUUUGUAAAUUGAUUUCUGGGGGUAAAGGGGCAGAUAAAAUAGGAUUAGUCUUCUUUCUGCUUCCUUUUAUUCCAGAUAGAACGUUUGUAUUUAAAUUAAAUUGUUUAUUUUUAUUUUUAAAGGAAUGAAAUAAAGAAUAAAUUAAAUGAAAUGGAAUAACAAAAAUAAGAUGAGCGCCAGUCAGUCAGUAUUUUCAGUAAAACUUUACAAACAGGGGACGCCGGUCUCUUCUAUUUCUUGAUCUUUCUUCCCAGCACAUGUCGAGUCUCACAUGUUCAAAGUCUGAAAGAACUGCCUCUCUUGAUAGUUUGGGACAUUUUUAUCCAUAAACAUCAAACUUCAUCCAUUAGCCUGGUGGUAUCAGCUGAGCAGCAAACACUGUGGACAGAUAUCGUCACUUUAUAAAAGUGUAAAUAAGCAGCAGCAAGCUGAGCCACACUGUGGAUUUGUUUUGUUAUCUGAAGUGAACUUUUGCAGAUUGUUUGAACGUCUGGUCGGACAUGUUGUGCUCAGUAUCUAGUAUAACAUAGCACAACACAUAAACAUCUGACUUACCACCAGUUUUCAUUUAGAGAGAGGGCUGAGGUGAAGAGCAGGUGGGGUUCCCCUCUGAACUGACUUAAUUACAGACAACUGUUGGCGCUCUACAUCCACACAUCUAUGCCCUUUACGUGUGCCAUUGUUCCCCUUUUCAUAGUUUAUGAGCCAGGAGACGGUUUUUUGUUGAGGUUGCCUCUGGUGGGUUCUAUUUUGGAUGUAAAGUCAAGCAUUUGCUUUCCUGCUCUGUGUCCACAGGGAGCGUUCAGCGGGGUUAUUAUUGCACUUGUGUACUCUGUAAAUGUAUGCCAGAUGGACACUGCUGCUGCUGCUGCUGCUGCAUGUACAGAGAGGGGUCCUCCUCAGGAAAAAAAAAAAAAAAAAAACGAAAAGAGAAAAGGAGGAAGCACUUUAAUUUCCUCCUUCAGUUUUACUUCCACCACCAACAGUUGGUAGCAUGUUGCUAAGAGGGACGCAUUAGCGCUGUCAGAGCCGGCCGAUGUAAAUGUGAUUUGUCACUGCUGCUGUGUUAGGUUGUCUGGAUUAGCUGCCACAGUAACCACAGGAGGGAAAACAAACCCAGCACAGUUGUGUAGUCACAAAAGCAUUAAACACUGAAUUAUUUUGGUGGUAUUCUCGAUGCACCACGCUCUGACGGCAAGCGUUUAAAGCCCCUCGUAUCAGAUAGGUUUUGGUUUGACCUUGUGCAUCACUUAGAGACUGUCCUAAGUCUCUAAUUGUGUGUAUUACAGUGAAACCUUGAGAUGACAUUAGGCUUGACAGUAACCUUUGUUAGGAGCCUAUAGAAUUUCCCAUAAUGCCUUUACAUGCAGUGAAGGUGGUUCAUCAAAAAGUAAUGCAAUACCUGAGGGAUGCAUUUCCCUCUUCGCUUUUAAAGCCAUGAGCGAUGGUAGUUUCUGCUGAAUAUUCCCUUCGGGGUGAGAUAGUAACCUCAUUUAUGUGCAGACGGAUCAUGAAACACUUUUGGGUUUUUGUUUGAAGAGAAGUAAGUUCAGCUGCCACUGAAACGAUUCUUUAUAAGUAAUAUGAUGAUGAUAAUAAUCGGAGAAAACAAAUAUUUUUGAUCCUUUUGUAAAUUUUCAUAUUUAGUAGAGUUUGUUGUCGACACAGUUGUCAGUCUUUCUCUCUGAGCCAUGCAGAGCCGCUCAUAUUCGGCAGCUUUAUCCUUCUCUAAGUAUGAAACAGGUCCACGUCUCUACCUUUGGUUGCUGAAGCUGUUUUCUUGCCAUGUUUACAUUUGUCUUUGUCUUGUGAAAUGUGUUCAGAGGAGGGACAUUUUUCUUUGGUUUCUUUAGUUUUUGAUAUCACGAGUGUACACGCUGUGGUGUGUUUGUAAGUGGAGGUAUUUAUUCUUUAUAUUUUCUGAUCAAAGUCAUAAAGAGCUGUCCUACUUUAAGUAAUAUUAUUAACAUGGCCUGGAGCUGUAUAGGUCAGGAAUUGUUUUUAGUUUGUACCCUGAAACAUGCAAUUAAAAGUUUGAUUCUUAGCCUGUGAUUGAUGAAAGACAGUGAAUCUGCCUCAGUGACUAAGGUGGAGAGGAAGCGGUGUCCUGUUACUGUUGCUGAUUAAACCGAACCUGCGUUAGAAACAGACUAAGGUAACAGUACAUCCCUGUCCUCUCUAACAUCAGUAUCAUCAGCUGUCAGUUAGAAAGGCACCAAGGCCACAACCUCAUGACUAACAGGAACAGUCGACCAACAGAUCUUGUUUUGAUGUGCAAAAACAGGUGAAUUUUGAACAUGGUAUUUGCAUUGAGUUAUACAUUAACAACACUAUACUGCCAGAGUCGCUAGCAACCGCUAAAUCCUCACGUUUCUCUGUAUGAGGUUUCAUUCCCGCCUGUGUACAUUGGUUUUAGGAUAGAAGAGGAGGAGAGCAGAGUUUCUCUCACAGAUAUACACGACUCUCUUUGUCGUUGGUACCUGUUCAAUCAUCGAUAUCUAUGAAUAAGAAACCUCACAAUCACAAUUUUCUGACAUUACCUGAGUCUUUAGUCAGAAGAGUUUUGGUCGAUUUGUCAUCUGUGUGUUUUCUCCUUGUCGUGCAGGUUAUGGUGAGCCUCUCAGUGUCCCAUCUCCUACAGAGGCCUGCGUUUUAAAAGGAGACCCAUGCUGAUAAAUGCCAGGCCUCGCCACACUCUCUGUCGUCUGCACAAACACAAAUGCCUGCCUGCCCGUGGGGGAGGUCUGAUUAAAGAUAUCCACAUUUCAUCCACUGGUAUGUGCGAGGACUUUACUGUGUGGCAUUUCUACCUUUUUGUAUUUGUGUAAAUCACGUCUGCUUUUACCUGAACCACACUUAUCCAGAUAUUCUCAAAGAAUAAACAGAAGUAUUUUGAUCUCACGCUGCUCCACCACUCCCGUGUGUGUCUCCUCUCACCUUCCCUCAUCAUCCCUCUUCCGUCCCUCUGACUCCAGGGCUGUGUCCCCCGUCCCAGCGGCCACCAUGUUUUGGAAGUUCGACCUGCACACCACCUCCCACAUCGACCAGCUGCUGGACAGGGAGGACGUGACGCUGAGAGAGCUGAUGGAGGAGGAUGAUGUCCUCCAGGAGUGCAAGGCCCAGAACCGCCGGCUGCUCCUGUUCCUCUCCCAGGACCACUGUAUGCAGGAGCUGGUCAGCCUCAUCACCACAGAGCCGCCCGCUGACCUGGAGGAGAGGAGUCGCUUCAAGUGAGUGUUUGAGGAUGUUCACACGGACUCUGGUGGAUUUACUCAUUGAUUGAUGAUUGAUUGAUUGAUUCCUUCUCAUUGCCACUGUGUGUUUCUCUAAAGGUUUCCCAACAUCGCUUGUGAGCUCCUCACAUCAGACGUGUCACUAAUAAACGACAAACUGGGUGGAGAUGAGUCUCUCCUCGAGAUGCUUUAUCACUUUCUGGAGCAGGACCCACCACUUAACCCUCUCUUGGCCAGCUUCUUCAGCAAAACCAUCGGCAAUCUCAUCGCCAGAAAAACUGAACAGGUACGCUGGAGAAGCUCAUGUCUGCGGCAGGUGUGCGGCUCCUGUCUGUCCUGCUGUCUGAAAACUAAAAGUAUGAACGCUGUCUUUGUUUGUCAGGUGAUCACCUUCCUAAAGAAGAAGGAGGGGUUCAUCGGUUUGGUGCUGAAACACAUUGACGCCUCCGCCAUGAUGGACUUGCUGCUUCGCCUCAUCAGCUGUGUGGAGCCUGCCCCCUUGAGGCAGGAGGUCCUUCAUGUAAGAUCUCUUGUUAAGCACUUAAAUGAACAUAUAUAAAUCGGUCUCUGACGUGUCUAACUGAUCAUUUUUUCCUCCUCAAGUGGCUAAACGAGGAGAAGUUGGUACAGAGACUCACAGAGCUCAUCCACACAGGCAAAGAUGAGGAGGUGAGGAUCAGACCCACCGUAAAGGUUCUGGUUGUAACUGAUGGAGGAGCGUGGAAUCUGCGCAUGACUGACAAUUCUUCAUUCCAUUUCAGAGACAAUCAAAUGCAUCCCAAACACUUUGUGACAUCAUCCGCCUUAGUCGAGACCAGGCCAAUCAGAUGCAGGAGAAUAUGGAGGCCGACCCACUAUUGGCUGUACUAGAGUCGUAAGUUUAUUCUUUCCUUGUGAUGUGAUCUGAACCAUCGUGUCGAUUAAAGCCCAAAUUUUUCACACAGAUGAAUUUAUCCACCAGCUCAACGACAACAAAGACAACACAACCACACGCACGUUCUUAUAUCAGAGACCAUCUGCUGUUUUUAGCUGCAAACAAAACCACAACGUCGUCCGUAUAGAUGUUAGUGAAUCAUGUGAUCGAGGGUUAUGAUGUUUGUUAAUUUUUGGCGUCAAAGACCUAAACUUGUCUGCUUCUUCUCUACACUGAUAAACAAUGAAGGCUCUUUUUCAUUUUGGACUGGUGCAUCAUGUUACUUCAGGGCGGUGGGAAAUUCUGACGAGCGUUUCCUGUAGUCUCCUCAUGAAUCUUGUUGUCAUCGUCCUGUAAUUGACGUGCUCCUUAUAUUUCCUUCUCUUUUCUUUUUGAACCCCGGGCUCAGUAAAGUUGUUUUAAGAUGCGUGUCCUCACACGCUCACACAGGCAGAGAUGAUCGUAAACAAACCGACACUGCUACGUGACCUCGCUCUUCAUGUGUGGCAAAUUUCCAUAUUCCAAUGAAAGAGUUUUCCAGGAACCCCUCAGGUUUGCUGGCAGAGCCUGUUAAACGACAGCGUUUGAUUUUAGGGCGAGUUCGAGUUGGUGUCCUUAAUUGUGCUUCCUCAGAGGUUUUAGGAAAUAACUCGAGGACUUCUUCGACCUCUUUGUUUCUCAGGCAGGAAAGUGUAGCGGGGCUCCUCAAGAACAUGUUUGAGGGGGAGAGGAACGAGGCCUCCAUCGUUAACGGAACUCAAGUGCUACUUACCUUACUGGAGACCAGGAGGUCUGGGUGAGUCCUCGUAAAACAGUAGAUUAGUAUCAUCUUCUCAAAGGUAUCAGAAAAUGAACCUUCCCUCCUGCUUUCGUCUCCCAGGUUGGAAGGGCUGAUGGAUCUGUAUUCUCAGGGUUUUGAAAGGUCUUACACUGUCAACAGCAGUAUUUUAAAUGCCAUUGAGCCCCAUUUAAAGGACUUCCAGCAGCUUCUUCUGGAUCCCCCCAAGGUAAAACCACAAAGCAGUGCCAAGUCACGAAGCAGAGAACUUUUUCAGUGUUUCAUUUUACUUUUUGAUUCCUUUAAAAGUUUAAUAUUGAGCCUCCAUGGAUCGAACCUUCCUUUAAAAACCCUCUCAAUGGCCUCCUUCUAUUUUACUUUUUUAUUUCCGACAUUGAAGGUUUUGUCUUCCCUCAACAGAAAAGUGCAAUAUUGACAACCGUUGGCGUUCUGGAGCAGCCACUGGGGAACGCCCGCCUUCACGUGGCCCGCCUGGUGGCCGCUCUGCUGCAGACCAAUGCCCCCAGUAUCUGCCAGGAGCUCUGCAAUCUUGCCACCAUGGACCUACUACUGGUGAGUCAAAACUGCCUUCACACUUUAACUCUGCAGCUUUAGGUUUUCAUUUGAUGCAGUUUGAAAUCAUGUUUUCACAAAGUCCGUUACAAGGCCAUGACGCUCUGGUUGAGUAUGACACCAUCUGAUCAAAGGGCACUGAUGGUGACUCAUGUGGAGCAGGUCCAUAUCUGAUCCUUUAUUUGCCCUGAGUGAACAUCAGAGCAGCUCUGGAGGAGACUUUAUAACCUUACAGUCCGGUCAGAGUGCAUCAGCUCGUCAUUGUUGUGCUCACAGAUCUCUCUCUCUUUCUCUCUCUGAACAGGAUCUGUUCUUCAAAUACUCCUGGAAUAACUUUUUGCACUUCCAAGUGGAGCUCUGUGUGGCGGCUAUCCUGAACCAUCCAUCCUCAGAGGAGCGGCCCAGCCCAGGCCUCCAAAACCACGAUGGGAAGUCUGCAGCAACCAACUCUGAGGUGCCAGGGGAGGUCGGGGAGACAGGCCGGACCAGUGACCCACAGACCUCCAUCCACAACGCCCUCGUGGCACAUGUAUGUUUUAUCCCCUACUCUCUUCUGCUCUUCUUCUGAGCUCCCCUCUGAGUUUUUUCUCAUUUCUCAUCUGUCUUUGUUUCCGUUAAACUCACAGCUCUUCCAGAAGUGUCACCUGGUUCAGAGGAUCCUGGAUGCUUGGGAGGAGAAUGAUAAAAUCCAGUAAGAACUUCAAAUUCAAAUUUUUCUCUCCUUAAACUUCACCUCUGCGGCUGCAGUUUUCUGCUGUGGGCUUAAAUGUUUAUCUCGUAUCUUUGCAUUUUCAGUUUUGUGCUCCGAGAAAACUUGAGAAGUUUCUGAUCUUGAGAGUUUCCUUCUUACUCCUCAGAGACUUCUCUAGAAAUGCGUUGUGCUCGUUGUGUUUGUGUUAAUUUGCCGUUUGGAGGUAAACUGAAUUGUGUCCCCAUCAAUCUCAGGGCUGAGGGUGGCACCAGGAGAGGCAACAUGGGUCACCUGACAAGAAUCUCCAACAUGGUGGUCCAGAACCUGGAGAAAGGGCCGGUACAGGCUCAGAUAUCUGACCUCAUCAAAGGUACCGCAGUUACUCUGAUACCUGAAAAGUCACUACGAGAAAAAAAUUCAAGGUAAAAACAAACUAAUGUGAUUUUUCAGAGCUUCCAGAGGACUGCAGAGGACGCUGGGAGAGCUUCGUAGACGAGACCCUGAGAGAGACCAACAGGAGGAACACGGUGGAGCUGGUGAGCGUCCUUCAGGAACACUCAGGACCUCCUACACGAAAAGAUUUCCUUUCACUUCCUCUUCUUCUCUCCAGGUUUCAGUCAUUGAUGUUUAGAGCAGUCAGUCAGCCAGUCAGGACAGGAGCGAGCAGGCCAGCAUGUCAGACCAGAGAGAUCACCUCCAUUCCUGUUAUUAUUAAUAAAGGAAAAUCUAAACAAAGAGUGGAAGUGUGGUUUUGAUGAUGACAGCAGGAGAAGUCGCUGUAGGGUGAUAGUUCAUGAUGUCUCAGCAAAAACAGCAACAGUUUUGGAGAGAGUUUAUCUUCAGCAUAAAUAAAUAAAGAUGUUUCACAUGAGUCUGUCUGUGAGCCGAUAAACGCUGUAAAGAAUCACCAAACUUCUUUUCUGUGGUUUGCAGGUGAGCACCCACAACAUGCACUCGUCCAGCGAGGACGACGACAUGGAGAGCCCCUUCCCCAACGACCUGUCCCUCCAGCAGGUAGGAAAGACGCUUUCGUACAACAACAAACGGACCUCUGUGUCUCCAGUUUUCAGACAGGAAUCAGCUGUAACACUCGCUCAAUCUGAAGUUCAACAUCUUCUUUGAAUGUUCCUCCUCCAGGCUUUCUCGGACUAUCAGAUCCAACAGAUGACCGCCAACUUCGUGGAUCAGUUUGGGUUCAACGACGAGGAGUUCAGCGAGCAUGAUGAAAACAUCAAGUAAGUAUUCGAAAGCCUUGACGCGUCACGUUUCCUGGAUUUUCUGACUCUGCUGCUCGUCUUACUUUAAUACCGAAAAACUUCAGAGUGCUGAUUUUUUUAUCAAACUUCUGUUCUCUGUCUUUAGCGCCACAUUCGACCGAAUUGCCGAAAUCAACUUCAAUCUAGAUGCUGAUGAUAAUAGUGUAAGUGUUUGUGUCGGAGUUUGUUCGUUCACAGAAAUAUGAUCCACUCAGUCUGCAGUUUUACCAAAGACAGUUAUGUUUUUUUAAAGAACUUUUAUAUUUAUGUAAGAAAUUAGAGACUUCAUUAACUGAAGUGUUUGCUCUCAGGCCAACGCGGCUGCUUUUGAAGCCUGCUGUAAAGAGAGAAUACGCCAGUUUGACGACGCCGAAGAAGAGGAGGACAUUUGGGAGGAGAAGGAGAUGAACUAUGCAACACAAGUCAAAUCCAGAACACGGUAAACCUCCUGGUAAACCUUGUUGAAUUUGAGGAUCCGCUGAUUCGUCCGCUUUUUCUAAAACUUCCAUCCCGUCACUCUGUUUCAGGUUUGGUGUCACCCAAACCUCAGAGGGGAGCUCCAGAGGCAGCUUGGAGAACGGAGGCAGGGAGCGAGACCACGGAUCUGAAUCUGAUGAGGACGAGGACUGUGAGCAGAACCCAUCCGAUUCAGGUGAACGAGGAACGCAGAGAAAUGUGAAGUUAACCUUCACAGUAGACUCCUUACUUAAUUAGGGGUCAUGUUUUGCUUUCAGGUCCUGGUUGGACGGCUAACUUCAGGGACUCUAGAGGGACGGCAGCAUCUCAGACCCCAGCAGGAUGGGAGAGCUCGGCUGGAGGCGCAGCAGACACACAGGGAACCGGCUGGGCCAACUUCACUGAGUUCCAGCCUUUCUCCGGGUGAGGAUAAGCUCAAGUCCCUGGAAUCCUGAGGCUGGAAUCCUCAUCUGUGUCAGGACUGCAGGUUCUGACCUUCUCCUCCCUCUUUUUCAGUACGGAGACUGAGCCCAGGUGCAGCUCUCCUGUGGAAUCUGGCGGCAGUGUCGCUGAUAAACAAGCCAAACAAAACCACGAAAAGAGCGGUGAGUUUUGACCUGGACCCUCUGAACUCCACUUCACUUUAAAAUACGAUUUGAAGAACAAAAAAAUAAAGUUUUUGUGUCUUUCUGUGUCAGCGGACGUAAGUGCCUCCUCUGGCACUUGGCCAGUCGGUGAGGGGAGGAAGGCUCCCCUCGUGGCCUCAGACAGCAGCUCCUCCGGGGGGUCUGACAGCGAGGAGGAGAGAGGGGAAGAUAAAAACGCUGCCGCUCCUCACGUCGCAGCUAUCGCCUCUGAAACCCCCGUCGCCCCCGCCAACAAGACAGCUGACCUCAAAAGGUUUGCAUCUCAAAGUCUAAAUUCCCUCUGCAGCCUGUCACAGAGAGUCCAUGUGUGUUUCUAAGCAUCUAUAUUUAAAACAUAACGACCACAUUGAGAUAAUUAUAGAGCAGAGCAGGAUGGGAAAUUACUGCAUUCGUGUAUUUCAAGUAUGAUGAGGAGCUUCUCUGGAGCGAAAUAAGAGUUUCAAACUAGGUUCACAGAUGGAGAAAAAACUUCAGGUCACAGUGUUGUUGCUGAUCCAGACCACCAGUCCAGAGAGUCGAACACUAGAACCCCCGACACCAACUGGAUGUGACGUUUUCUGAGUGAAUGUGGGCUCAGUCGUCACGAGCGCCCUCCUCCUGACCUCCUGGAGAAAAGCUGAAUGAGCUCGUUUGUAAAACUUCACAUAUUCAAAGAUCGCAGAUGACGCCCUGCAGAGCGCCCUGUUUGUCCAGCUUAAAAUAGAGCAGGCUGUUUUCUGUUGCUUUUGCUGUGAGGUUAAAGGUCAACCCCAGAACAAAGAGACGACGACAAGGGGAGAGGGUGUUUACUCAAACCUGCAUACACUCUGAGAAAGAAGCCAGGCGACGAGGGAUGAAUUUUAAAAGUCUAAUUUAGUCGCAUUUAUUCGAUAUAUCUGAUUUAUAACAACAUGGUGUAAAUGAAUCUGUGUGUGUGUGUUUGUGUGUCCCACAGUGAGGAGAGUCCGGUGUCUCUGGAGAAACUGUCUCUGUCAGAUCCUCCGAAAGCGUCAGAGCAGCCGCCCUCUGACGACUCACCUGUAGCUACACAGACUGACAGGAAGUAAGUGCUGCAGUUUAAGUUUCAAUGACUUACCCCGAAUUUCCACCACUUCCGGAACGGCCGUGAUUUUCGCCGUCUGCCAAUUCCUACCAGAUCCAUUUUUGUGGCAGAUUACAGACAGCAGGAAUCGAGAGAACUCACAAGAACCCACAAAUUCACAUGCAAUCGCACAAUAACAAGUUGUCUCUGUAGAAACAGCCACAUAGACAUAUAAGCAGUAGAUUAUGUCCUUCCAGAGGAGGAAAUCUACUUCUAGACUUCUAGAAUCAGCAUCUCCUCAUCCAUGGUGUCAUCAGGAUGAAAUGACGUCUAAAAACCUUUCCCUUGUUUGUGUGAAAUACAAUCUGCUUGAAACCUGGAGUGUUUUAUUUUGAAAAGAAGCCGGAUGUUUUAUUUUGUGUCUGUGCCGACUUCCUUUCCAGCACAGGUUAAUCUGUGCUGAAUUCAUCCGACAUGCUGCGGGGUCCGGAAAAAAAUAAAACUCUUGUGAUCAGCUGUGGAGUCUGGCGAUCCGCAGAGGAACGGAAAGAAGUCGGUGGAAAUUGACACGUUAACUUGAAUGGUUACGAUCAGCUACGAUCGGAGGAGAUGACCUUUUCAUAGCUGUUCGGAUGCGGUGGAAAAUGGGGGUUAACUGUCUGUUUGUUUGUAAAGUUGUGUAUUCACUUUCUUCAGAGUAAGAUAGUCGAGGUAAGAGCCUCCUGUCGGGUUUUCUGGUUGUGUGAUUGUGUCCUCUUGUCACGCUCACAGAGAGGAGACGCCCCCGCCCCAGGAAGUGUCAGUGAACGGGCCGGUCUGAGCGCGUGCAGACUGCUCACAUCCAUCUGUGACGGUGCAGCGGACUGUCAGCCUCCUCCAGAGUGACUCCUCUAAAACCACCUCACUGCAACUACGGCGUUUUUUUACUGAAUCACUCUGCCAUGUUAUUGGACCUGGACACUGCCAAUCAACACCAAUAAUGAGGCGGCGGGACGUGUAAAAAAAAAAAGAAAAAAAACGAAAAACAAAAACAAGAAUUAAAUAAUGAGAAACCAAUAAACCCAACAGCCGGAGCGGAGGAGUGCAGAGGGCGGGAGGAGUCGUGGUCAAAGCCUUUUUUUCCGAUGUUGCACAUGAUCAUGUGCGGUUUUAAUGUAGCAGCGACAGAAUCCGAGGGGUAACAUCGUCAUCGUUAUUUUUUUAUGUCAACCUGAAAGAUUUCUCUCCUACCUGUUCGAAGCUGUUGGAAUCCCGUUGUUUGGGAUUUUUUUUACAUCCUCACCCCUGAAUGGAUAGCACAGGCUAACUUUUAAUGAUGCCUCAACAAUAAAUACCUUUUUUUGACCGCAUUUUUUUCUUCAAGCUUAAAGAAAAAGCACUUAUGCAGCCAUUUACUGUACAUUAUAGCACAAUGUAAGUGUUCGACCCUCAUCUCUGCUGGCUGUCUUCUCUGUCCUCUCACCCACAUCGAGGUUUUGAUCCAUCGUUUCCGUUUUUUUUUUUUUCUCCUUUCUUUCUUUGGUUGCUGUUGAUGAAACAUCUCGUUGUCACCAGGUUUCUGAAUGUCUGAAGUGCUUCAGGAGGGUCCGAGUAGGAGGAGGAGGAGGUAGAGGAACAGAGCUCUAAUAGUAUUACUGUCUUUUUGCUCAUGUGCAAUAAUGUCAAUUAGCCAUUUUUAUUUAAAAGAUGAAUUUCAACAUUUAUUUCUUUUUUUUAAAAGAAUCAAUCUAGCGUCACAUUCGGUCGUAGGUUCGGGAAAACAAAUUUGGAUCUAAUCUCCUCUGAUUUUAAAUUUUUAUCUCCUUUUUUUGUUUGUUUGUUUUCUUUUUAGUGCAUGUAUAACCGGUUCUCUGUUGACCUAGCUAGUGAGCUAAGACCUUCUGAUUGUAAUGACUUUAAGUUCUUAUUGCUAUUCCCCUUAAAUCAACCAAACAUUAUCUACCUAUAUACAAAUAUUAUCUACAUUUAAAAGUAAUUUUACAAGCAAUCUUGAGAUUACUCUUGUCGUCUGUUCCUUUUUUCUCUCUCUCCACUGAGCACUUACUCACAGGGCGAGAGCGGCAUCUGCUAGAGUGACGCUGUAUGUUUUUUUUUUUUUUUUUUUUUUAAGUUUUAUUUUGUUUCUUCUCUGAGCAGCAGGAUUUGAACGAGGGCAGGUCUGGGUUCUGCAGAGCUCCAGGCCUCUUUGGUGUACUUACUUAAAUCAUUUGACAGCGAUCAGGUUCUACGAUCAUUGUUAAACAAAAAAAUUGAAAUUAAAAGUGUCUGGUUGACCACAUUAAUACCAAAACUUGGACUUUGCCUUCUUGUUGUCGUCUUUGUCCUGCUGUGAAGAUCCAGCUGUUGGUUCACGAUGACGAACACCUUUAGACUCUUGGAAAGACGGUAAAGAGGAAGAUUUUCUCUCUCUGGCAGGAAAGUGAGGCAGAUGUCAGUCCACCAAAGAUCCUCAGAGGAAGAACAGGUCCAGACUGAAGUCAGGGUCAGCUAGAGAGCGGAGGUCCAGGGGGCAGGAUUUUUUUCCCCAGGAUGGUAGGGGAAGGUUCCGCCCUCCUUUGCCUCUGAUUAGCGAGAAGUGCUGGGCUCCAAUUGGUUAUUUCUUAUGGCUGCGAAACAUCAUCGUUUUACAGGUUAGGAUUAGGAUUAUGCUGUGUUCGAGUUACCUCAGAUGUCGGAGCUGAAAAUGACGCGACACCCAAGUUCCCAGCGUUUCAGUUACCAAGUCAGAAAAAGCAAAAUUGGAGGCCUGAAACAAGAUGGGUACACCUACGUACGUUAUUUUUAUUAUUACAAGAUUAAUAAAAUCGAAAAUUGAGUUUCUGCUAAAGUAGAAAUUUCAAAAUUAAAAAUGAGAUUUCGAGAGAAUAGUCAAAAUUUCAAGAUUAACAAAGUGAAAUUAUGUCAAUAAAGUCGAAAUUUCGAAAUCAAAAUUGAGAUUUUGAGACUGAAGUUGAAAUUUCAAGAUUACAAAAUGUGGAAAUGUCUUGAAUGUCAGAAUUUCGAGAUUCAAAAAAGUCAAAUCUUGACAUUAAAGUCAAAAUGGAGAUUUAAAAAAAUCUCCCUUCUGUAAUUAUUUUUUUCUCUUCUUGUGGCCCCAAUCCUCCUUCAUAAGAAACACUUCUGUUACACUUGGUUUACUUUAUUGAAGCGGUUUACCUGUCCAGCAGAAAGGUUAGAGCCAAGAUCCUGAAGCGUCCCCCUUCGUUCAUGCUAGCUUCAUUGACGUUGACCCGGCUUUUUAGCUCUUGUCCGGUCUACCUCCGUUUUAAGCGCCCGUUAUUCCUCCAGAGUCUCCGGUAUUUACUUUGUUUUCUUGCUUGUGUCGGCAGUCGUGGUUAAAGGAGGAUUCAGACAAUUUUCCGAACUUUCUGGUUGGCUUCUACUGUCCGAUAUUGUAGCACGCUAACUUUGUUGGGCUCGUGAACGUAAUUCGUGGAGCGUGCCUCACAGCACGAGGGAGCAGCGUCUGCCUCACAACCAAUGAGGUUCGGGGAGGCGGAGUCAGAAAGAGCGGACCGUUAAAAAUUUAAAUGUCGACGACACAGACAUAAGAGAACACAGCGAUAUCGUUAUAUUACCAAACGCCAUCAAUAACUAAUAACUAUAGACUGAUAUUAAAGCUUUUUUGUAUAGGGGAGACUGGGGUAAGUUGAUCCACCCUCUGUUGUCUGGAAAUGGUAAAAGAAAUUGAUCAUGUGAGCAAAUCUUUAGGAGAUGGGCAUCAAUUCAUGGAGUCUGUGAAAGUUAGAAGGACAUGGGUGAAGGGGUUAGACAUUUAUUUCCACCCUUGAAAGUGAAUUUAGUCUGUCAUCAGUUUGAUUAGAAUUGUGUUCAGACCAAAAGAUAUAAUUUUAAAUUUGUUUUAUACAUCAACUGUGGUAUCUAUGAGGCAUGAAAGUCCACCAUUUUAUCUUGGAGGACUCAUAAAGUCAUCAUAGUAGUUCAGGAGUAACUGAGAAAGUAAAGGAGUCUGAUGAGAGGAUCAGAGUUUACCUUCAGAUUGUUGAAAUGUUUGACUUUUUCUUUUAAAAAAUACAGAUCUGUGAAUGUUCUGAAUCACUUAAAGACAUUCUCAUGUUAAAAUGACUUUUUAAUAAAAAGCUUUUUAGCAGUUAUAUGCAAUAAUAAUAAUAAAGAGUUAUUGUACCAGUUAAAUAGUGUAUAAUAGAUAAAAAUACACAUGAAUGUGAAGAAGUGACUGUUAUUUAGGGAGAGUUGACCAUAGGAGACCACUUUUUUGUCCUGCUAUAUUAUCAAGAUUACAGUUCUGUUUACACUCAUUCUGUUGGUUUGCAGGGAUGAACAACAUCCUGAAAUAUCUGCAGAUACACUAAUUUGAGACAAAACUACGACUGACUUGAUGUAGUGAUCUGAAAUAUGAAAAAUGGCUCAUCUUACCCCACCUUUAAUGAACUGGAUCUUUAUACUUCUCAGAGUCAGAACAGUCCUGACCUGACUCCAGUCGUCCUCUGAAGGUAAAGCUGUGCUGUUACUAAGUCGUCCUGGGAGCCUUCAUGGACUACGUUUUUGAGCACAUCCCACACAUACUCGAUCGGAUUCAGAUCUUAGGAAACUGAAGUCGACACUCUGGACUCAUGAGGCGCUUUUCAACAGCAGGAACUGUCCCCUGUAACUAGGACUUACCCCAGAACUGUGCGCAUGUCCACGUUAAUCUAGUGGUUCCUUAAACUAUAAUCCAGGGUCUGCUCUGAUGAAAUGAGUCCAAAUCAAACAGGACACAGAUUUCCACAUUUAAACCCACAGUUUUUAUUUGGAUCUAAAAACUAUAUCGACAUGAUUGACAACAUAACCCGGCUCAGAAAAAUCAUUUCUAAUAAAAAAAAAAAGACCAAAAAUAAAUAAACAGGAUUAUGUCUUAUUGUUGUGGUUAAUGAAUCUGUUUUAGAGCGUUACCACGGCGAGAUGAGUAAACGAGUGAGAAGACGAGCUGGGUCCGACCGGAUGUGGACUACAGUCACAAAUUCAAAGACACGUGGCGAGGCUGAUCGCAGGGGUCUGAGUGUCGGUCUGUUUAUGAUGGCAGUGAAAACAGGAAGAUCCAAACUCUGAACUGGAUCCUUUUCUGCAGGUUUUUAGGGGGGUCUACAUGACUUCAGGUGUGUUCUGUUACUGCAUCUUACUGCCUGCAGAGUAAAUCAAGAGUUAAAGUGACUGUUUUACCUCCAACAGGUUGUGAUUGUUUAUUAUUUAGGAAAGAUCUGCACAGAGACACAGAUGUUUUUUUCGUUUCUAUGGAAAAAAAGGAAAGUCAGCACUCUGUGAACAUGGAGAAGUUAAUUUAUAAAUCUUAUUUCUUUCUUUUUUGUCUAAUUUAUAACUUCAAAGAAACACCUGACAUAAUUUUGAGUCUUUACAGAAAUUAUACUGUUAUUAUUAUUUAUUCUACUUGCUUUUAGAUUUCAAUUUAAUGGUCUAAAUGUUUAAAACAGAUCAACAAAUGAAGGAUAACUUUGUGAAACACAGGAAGAGAAGUAGUUUCGCCAAGUUUGAUGAUCAAGAAAGUGACUUUGCAGGAAGAAGUUUCUGCUAAGAGUUUUAGUUUGAAACUCCAAGUUGAAAAUAGUUGAACAAUUAUUGUAUUAGAUUAAAUUAACCCUUUAAAACACAAGUAAAAAAAGGUCAGUGAUAGACCGGUAAAUCCUGUCUUCUGCUAGUUUUGAAUUCUGUUUCUGGUUUUAGGAAAUUCUCUCUGUGAUUGUUAAAUAUCAUCAGUAAAUUAGAUAACCUGUCGGGGGUAAAAACAGACUCUUCGGCUCCUGUACCUGUCAGGCCGGGCGAAUGGAGGCUGACUCUGACCUGAUUGGCUGAAUUUCAGUCCAAACUGCUUCACUUUCUGUCUCAGUGUACGAGGAGUCUGUUUCUCUCAGUGGGUUGGAUGAAUUUCUGACACGUCAGAAACUCUGCGCCUCUGAAUGAAUCCUCUGGCGCAGUGACAGGUGAACGACUGAAAUGCACAUAUUAUCGAUCUAAUACUUGAAACUAUACUUCUGCAAAACCUGGGCAGUUUCUGAUUUGGUGCGUGGGAAGUUUUAAAGCUACAACACGAGCCCCCAGAACCCGUCCUGUUAGAAUAAGCCUUCAUACUCGCAGCAGGAAAACUUGAGGUGUCCGACUUUUAUUGUGACUGUAAUCUUCAUCCAGAACAUCCCACCGCUGUGGGUGAGUAACACAGUAAAAUCCAACCAGCCUUUAAAAAUCAGCCCGCAGGCGUCAGCUCCCACUAACACAGCGUCUCCACUCCUGCACGAACGGUCGGUUGGUGAUGAGCAAAAGACGACGUUUACAAAAAAAAAAAAAAAAAGACAUUGAGGGUUUUAAAAAAAAAAAGCAUUAGUCACAUUAAUACAGAAAUAAUAAACAAAUGGCACAUUGAAUUCCUAAUUCAAAAUAAAGUGGUGCUUGAGGAACUUUCUUACUGAGGAGACAAGUUAAAUAAAUUACUACCAUAAACGUUACAUACAAAUCUGGAGUAGUAUAUACAAAGGAGUUAUUAGACACAAAAAAAAUCUACAAUUUCAAAUUUUAUGUUCAACAAAGACAGCAGUAGAACUUUAUUUUACAUAGCAGGGUUUGUGUUAACA